AUUUUUAUUAAUCAUGUCAUUAAUAUCGGUAGUAUCAAUUCGACUUUGUAAAAGUAUGGAAAUUCAAAUGAAAUUAAGAAUAAUAAAUAAUUGGAUAUAGAGAAUUAGAUUUAUGUGAAAGUAUAAAGCUUCUCAACUAUUUACAACACUACAAAAAUUUAAUAUAACUCAUUUCGUUAGGUCUCAAUUAUUGAAAUUCUAUUAAUAAAUAGAACAGACAUGUAGUUGGAUACUUAUAUUAUCUGUCAUUUUGUUUCUUGGUAAGAGAAUUAUGUGCUUGGCAACAUUGGGUUGUUCACAGAUUUUUCAUUCGUGUUCAAGUAAUUGAUAAGUUUGUAGUGAUUUCAAGUGAAAUAUCGUGUUAAUUUAUGAACAACUGGUGGUUUAAGUGAAAAAUGUCGGACUAUCCAACCAAUUUUCCUCCUCAAACUUAUUCUUCAUCUUUUUAUAUCAACGCGUUAACAGAAGGGGACAAAAGAGUUCUUGUAUCUGAGAGUGAUGAAGAAGAUGACUCUAAAAGUGAGAUUAAAGUUAAAAAUUCACCAAUAUUAGAUUGCUUCAUAUCCACGUUUCUAUCUGGUGAUAAAAAGACUCAGAAAAAGCAAGAAAAUAACCAAACUGUCGAUAUUAAUAAGUCCAGCGACAAAGACAUAGAAGUAGCAGAUGUAUGGAAAACACGCGGUAAACCAGUAAGGUCUCCAUCCCCACACAACGCUUUCAAAAGAUGGCGCAUCAAGGCUAAUCUUAAAGCAGCUGAAUCCAAAAAUGGAAUUGAAGGAUCUAAAUUGGCCGUUAAUUCGAAAGAUAAAAAUGAAGAGGACAUGUCAUUGCUUAAAUUCUUAGCAAUUAACGCUUUGGAUCUCAGUGCACCAGCUAGCGAUGUCCUUUUAAAAAGUCGUAGUACGAAUUGGUUCCAGCUUAGCGGCCAUCCAGAUAGUUUAGCACCAGCAGGACCAGGCACCGUCUGGAAAAAACGAUCCUCCAAUUCAGACGACACCGAACGUAUUGUGUACGAAGAAUUAUCACAAGAUCCCAAUCUCUGCGAUAUCAUACCGAGAUAUUACAGAGAAGUUGAGUACCAAGGAGAGACAUUCAUUGAAUUGCAAGAUUUGUUACAUGGAUUUCAGGAUCCUUAUGUAGUAGAUAUAAAAAUGGGUACUCGCACUUUUUUGGAAUCUGAAGUUAAAAAAGUGGCUGCUCGACACGACCUCUACCAAAAAAUGAUUGUAAUAGACCCUCAAGUACCCACUCCGGAAGAACACAAAGCUAAAGCAGUAACUAAACUACGUUAUAUGCAAUUUAGAGAACAUCAAUCUUCGACUUGCAGUCAAGGUUUUCGUAUUGAGGCUAUGAAGUGCAGGGGAUCACCUCCAGUAACUGAUUUAAAGAAAGUCAAAUCAAGAGAAGAAGUUCUGAAUACUUUAGAUAUGUUCUUAGGAGGUAAAGAAGAUGUAAGACAAAGAUUAUUAGCGAGACUGUGUGAGAUUCGCUCUAAAAUUGAAAAUUCCGAGUAUUUUAAGACGAGAGAAGUAGUAGGAAGCAGUCUUUUUAUUAUAUAUGAUGACACAAAGGUUGGAGCUUGGCUUAUAGAUUUUGCAAAAACUAGUAAACUACCAGAAGGCAAAACAGUGAACCAUAGAACUCCUUGGGUGCAAGGAAAUCAUGAGGAAGGGCUGCUGUUUGGCUUUGACAAACUCAUUUCGAUAAUAGAAUCUAUCCAGAAUGCUCCUUCUGAUAACCAAAAGGAUCGUUUUACCAAACCUGUAGCAGCUGUCAGUGUAAAAUCUUGAAUAUUGAUUUUACAAAGGACCCUACCUCACGUUUGCGCUCUCUAGAUCCUUGACUGGAUCUCUUGGAGGAUUGUUUUCAGUGUUCUGAUUCUAGGACACGGUGUUGAAGGGUGAAACCCUGACCAGCAAGUCAACUUUUGAGUGUCGAUGUAUCCAGCCUGAGUGGCAAAUUGUAUUUUUUGUUUGCAUUGAUAAAGUAUUAAAAAUGUAAGCGAAUGUUUUCCUUUCUUUUUUUGAUAUUGUUUGUCAAUUCUUAAUGUUUUCUAGUCAAUGCCCCGUUUUUUUUAUUGUAUAGGUAUUUAUGAUGUAGGAUUAAAAUUUUAUAUAUUCAAGAUUUUUACUUGAAACAUUUGUGUAAAUAAUUGUAAAAAAUGGAUUUUGUAUGAUUAAAUUAAUUUUUUUAAUGUCUAUGUACUUAUGUAAUAAAAAUUUGAAUAGAAA